UGAUCCAAAAAUAGAAACACAGAUUAGAUCACAUUGUUGCCAAGCUCUACGAAGUAUUUUAUCUCUCCAGAAUUGCCGCAUUUUCCUCGAGUGAAACAAACUUGUCAGCAAAAGCUCCGCACGGACUUAAGGCAAAGGAGGUAUAAUAAUAUCAGGUGACUGGACAAAACAAUAAGACAGUAUACACAGCUCAAGAUGUCAGUGAAGGUAGAAACGCUAAGAGAAAGAAACGAGUCUGGAUCGAGCGACUUGGAUCUUCUCUUCAACCAAACAGAUGGAAUCCUCAUGGAUGACUGCGAUACAUUCAUCAGUUUCAAUAACGAGGCAGAUGCAAUGAGUUCAACCGCCGAUGAUCUGUUUUCAAACCUUCUCAAUGGAGGCUUCGACCUGUCAACAAUUUCCCAGACAGCGUACGACACCCAGGUUGCGUCCCCGGGCAACAGUGACAGCGGUAUCUCAGACAAUGUCAGCUCCCCAUCACAGUACCAAAGUGACAGCCAAUCAGGGGGCAGCCCGCAACACAUCGACGACUUGGACGAGAUGAGCAUGAAAGUGCCAGAUAUGUCGAGCUAUUUGAUUGGUCCAGACACAAUGCUGAUGGAGGAUGCAACUAUUGAGAACUCGGAUCUUGAAUCAAUUGGUUUUGAAUGGGAUCUCAACAAGCUAUCUCCAAGUGAGAGUAAGAAGUCUUCCCUUCCCAUGACCGUCCAAGAUGUGAAAGUCCUCAGUGCCACAAUGUCCACAAGAAGCAUCUCAACUUCAGACUCGAGUUAUCCUACGCUGAGGCUAACUGAUGAAGAGAAGAGGUUACUAGCUGAGAUGAACAUCGAUCUACCAGCAGACAUGCCGCUCACUAAGGAGGAGGAGAGGUCACUCAAGACAGUCAGGCGUAAGAUCCGCAACAAGAUCUCGGCUAUGGACAGCAGGAAGAGGAAGAAGGUUUACGUCGACGGCUUGGAGCAUCGCGUUCAUCUCUGCACAAAACAAAAUCUAGACAUGCAGAAGAAGAUGGCUAAGCUUGAGAAUGAGAACAAGACACUGAUGGAGCAGUUAAAGAAACUACAAUCCCUUGUGACUAAGUCUACAUCGAAAGCAGCUCAGUCCGGCACCUGUGUCAUGGUAUUACUGCUGUCCUUUGCUCUUCUGAUUGCACCAAGCUUCAACCCCUUCACUUCAUCGAAAGACAGCCAGGUGGCUUCUCAAACACCACAAGGAGUUGUAUCACGAACCCUUCUGAAGGCCGACGACACACAAUAUACUGAACAUGGGCCAAUCAACUUGGGUCGUUUCGGAAAGAUACCCAAUCACCAAGCAGGAGAAGCAUUGCCAAAUGAGGAAGUCGUAGCAAAAGACGUGGACAAUGUUAAUGCAGAUUCAGUGGCCACUAUGACGGAGUCUGCACCAGCCAAUGAGGUCGCUCCAUCCACGGAUCAAUCUUUAAACAGCGAUAACGAAGUCGUCGUUAAGGAAGUGAAAGUCAUUAACGUGAACCAGUCGAGGGUGGAUACCGGUGAUAUUGUCCAACAACAUCAGGCUGUGAAAAACACACCCAAGCAUGGAGGGGAAAUUUGAAGCCAGCAAUUUUUUUUAAUGUAAGUGUUUUAUUUUGUAAAAAAUAUUUUCCUUUUUUUAUCAAAAUGGUUUGGGGUGACAAUCUUUCUCUGAUUUGAGGCACUUCUAUGAGGAAAAUGUCAAUUUGGCACCACAGCAAAAUCACAGGUCACCAUGGUAAUUGCUCUGGGCGCUGUGGGUUAUUUCUCUAUUUGGCUUGUAAUGGUAUUGCAUUUUACCAUAUUGCUUUUUACCAUUUACAUACAUUCAACCACCAGAGCAAUGAAUGGCUUGUGUUUAUUGUGUACCAACGUAUUAAUGCUGUUAUGGUUUUUCAUAGAUUAUUUGGAAAUAAUUGGUUUGCAUUAUUUUUGUAUUAGAUAUUUAUUCAGAUGUUCCAAAUUACAGAAAUUUAAAUAGCGCACAAUUCAUGCAUAUCACUAAAAUGGUUUUGACUAAUGGCAGCUUGCAUUAUGGUGCUUUGUUGGGAAUGCAUGUACACAGUUUAGAAUUCUGUGAACAGUUGUCUGCACAUACACAGCCCAAUCACUCAUAUGCCAAGACAGUAUUAAUCGCUACGAGGAACUCGGGCCAGGGAACCAUUUUCAGGAAUAUCCACAUUCUGCAAAUCUCAUUUCUGAUUUGAUAAGAUGUGUCUAUGUGAAUGGAGACAGAUAUAAUAAACAAGAAGUUAAUCGUAGCUGAGGAAACAAUAAAUAAAUAAAAAAAGGCUGUUAAUAUUUUCAGAAAAAACGCAAUCUUUAUUAGAGGUUCUAUUUUACAAAAAUUAAUCCCCUAUCUGGUCACAUGUACAUUUAAUAAUAGACCUGAAUUGUGUUUUUAUAAUGUAAAUAUUAACCCAUUGGAAAAACAAUGAACUAUUAGAAAUUAUGAUCGUCCCGAAGCAAUGGUGACUUUGAGUAUGGUUCCAAUCAGAGUUUUGAAGCAGGUUUUAAACUGAACAGCUUAGGUCUAGACGUUAAAGUUAAGUUAUUAAGUUUUAGGGUCGAAACUCGUGGUCGUUAUCUAUUUUUUUGCAUACUGAUCCUUUGCAAGAGUUUUUUCUUUUUUUCUCAGUGAGUAUUUUUGUGAUAAUUGGGGAGGGGGUCAUUGUGUUUCCAAGACAAAAACAAUUUACCUUUUUUUGAAAACAUUUUUGGGGGGAGGGGAAGUUACUUUACUUUGACCAAAAAAAAUUGUUGGGUCGUUACUUAAAAACUUGUAAUAAAUAUUGAGACUUUAACAACGCGACAGCUGAGGGAUUCAAAUUGUAUAUUGUGUACAAAAAAAAAACUCUACAGUUGAGAUGUGUAGAUUGCUAUAAUAUACCAUAGUAUGGUUAUUAUUUUAUGUAAAAUAAAUGCUCUACUUCAAGGAGAUGUUAAA